GUUACUACUGAUAUCAUCCCGGAUUCAUUUUAGGGAGCGAGUUAACGCCUACUCUACGUCACGUGAUCUCAUAAGGACGUUUUGAAAUGGUUUACAUAAAAUGUAUAAAAGGAGAAGUUUAUUGCCAUUGUAGUCAUUCUGUUUUGCUUAAAUUAAGAAAAAAUGAGAGCUUUGUUGAUUGCCAGCGCUUUGCUGCUUUUGGCAGCCUUGGCUUAUGCCACUGGUAACUAUGGUUCUUAUACUGGAACCGGCUAUGGAUAUGCAAGACCAUACUAUGGUGGUUCUUACGGAUAUGGAAGAUAUAAUGACGGUUAUAAAUAUGGAAGAUAUGGAGGAUACGGCGGUUAUGGACUUGGAGGAUACGGCGGUUAUGGACAUGGAGGAUACGGUGGUUAUGGAUACGGAAGACCAUACACCAGUGGUUAUGGAUAUGGAGGAUACGGCGGCUAUGGAUACGGAAGACCAUAUGGAGGAGGUUACUACAGACCAUCCUAUAGUCUUGGAAGUUAUAAAGGAUACGGAGGUUAUACUGGCUACGGUGGCUACGGUGGCUACAGUGGUUACGGUACAGGUUAUGGUACAGGUUACGGUACUGGUUAUGGUACUGGUUAUGGUACUGGUUACGGUACUGGUUACGGUACUGGUAAACAUUACGGAAGUUAUACCGGUAAAAGCAUCUACGGUUAAAUAUCAUAGCGAUAUAUAUCUCAUGACUGAACUAAAGAUUCUCCAAAUCCAUCAUUUCAGAAAAAUGUUUCAUCAGUUUGUAAAAAAAUAUAAAUAAAAUGAUAUGUUUUUAAAUUAAAA